AUGGCGGUGCCUGCGCUUCGCUGUGCUGACAGCAGCAGGACGAGAAAACCCCCGGCAGUGCGCGAUCCCGGGCGGAUUCCACCCAAAGGAAAAUCCACGGGCGGCGGGAGACCGAGGCCGCCGGGCGGGCGGCGGCCGCCACCGCGUGGCCAAAAAGGGAACUGCAGCGGCGUCCGGAGCGGGGCUCGGCCCGGCCGGGAACGGCCCCGCCCGCGCUCCUCAUCCCGUGCGCCGCAGCCGGGGCUCAUUCCAGCCGGGAAUCACCCCGGGAUGGCCCCGUGCGCCGCAGCCGGGGCUCAUUCCAGCCGGGAAUCACCCCGGGAUGGCCCCGUGCGCCGCAGCCGGGGCUCAUUCCAGCCGGGAAUCACCCCGGGAUGGCCCCGUGCGCCGCAGCCGGGGCUCAUUCCAGCCGGGAAUCACCCCGGGAUGGCCCCGUGCGCCGCAGCCGGGGCUCAUUCCAGCCGGGAAUCACCCCGGGAUGGCCCCGUGCGCCGCAGCCGGGGCUCAUUCCAGCCCGGAAUCACCCCGGGAUGGCCCCGUCCGCCGCAGCCGGGGCUCAUUCCAGCCCGGAAUCACCCCGGGAUGGCCCCGUCCGCCGCAGCCGGGGCUCAUUCCAGCCGGGAAUCACCCCGGGAUGGCCCCGUGCGCCGCAGCCGGGGCUCAUUCCAGCCCGGAAUCACCCCGGAAUGGCCCCGUGCGCCGCAGCCGGGGCUCAUUCCAGCCGGGAAUCACCCCGGGAUGGCCCCGUGCGCCGCAGCCGGGGCUCAUUCCAGCCGGGAAUCACCCCGGGAUGGCCCCGUGCGCCGCAGCCGGGGCUCAUUCCAGCCCGGAAUCACCCCGGGAUGGCCCCGUCCGCCGCAGCCGGGGCUCAUUCCAGCCCGGAAUCACCCCGGGAUGGCCCCGUGCGCCGCAGCCGGGGCUCAUUCCAGCCGGGAAUCACCCCGGGAUGGCCCCGUGCGCCGCAGCCGGGGCUCAUUCCAGCCCGGAAUCACCCCGGGAUGGCCCCGUCCGCCGCAGCCGGGGCUCAUUCCAGCCCGGAAUCACCCCGGGAUGGCCCCGUCCGCCGCAGCCGGGGCUCAUUCCAGCCGGGAAUCACCCCGGGAUGGCCCCGUGCGCCGCAGCCGGGGCUCAUUCCAGCCGGGAAUCACCCCGGAAUGGCCCCGUGCGCCGCAGCCGGGGCUCAUUCCAGCCGGGAAUCACCCCGGGAUGGCCCCGUGCGCCGCAGCCGGGGCUCAUUCCAGCCGGGAAUCACCCCGGGAUGGCCCCGUGCGCCGCAGCCGGGGCUCAUUCCAGCCCGGAAUCACCCCGGGAUGGCCCCGUCCGCCGCAGCCGGGGCUCAUUCCAGCCCGGAAUCACCCCGGGAUGGCCCCGUGCGCCGCAGCCGGGGCUCAUUCCAGCCGGGAAUCACCCCGGGAUGGCCCCGUGCGCCGCAGCCGGGGCUCAUUCCAGCCCGGAAUCACCCCGGGAUGGCCCCGUCCGCCGCAGCCGGGGCUCAUUCCAGCCCGGAAUCACCCCGGGAUGGCCCCGUCCGCCGCAGCCGGGGCUCAUUCCAGCCGGGAAUCACCCCGGGAUGGCCCCGUGCGCCGCAGCCGGGGCUCAUUCCAGCCCGGAAUCACCCCGGAAUGGCCCCGUGCGCCGCAGCCGGGGCUCAUUCCAGCCGGGAAUCACCCCGGGAUGGCCCCGUGCGCCGCAGCCGGGGCUCAUUCCAGCCGGGAAUCACCCCGGGAUGGCCCCGUGCGCCGCAGCCGGGGCUCAUUCCAGCCCGGAAUCACCCCGGGAUGGCCCCGUCCGCCCAGAUUAUCCCGUCUGCUGCAGCAGGAAAAGAGAAUUCUGCGGUAA